AUGGAGAAAAUCAACAACAGAGGACCCCUGGGCCGCGCGAAGCGGCUCAGACUCCAGAAUGAACGGUCUCAGUUGAAGGAUGGCACGCCAGAGCAGGUACUAACGGCCGAGGCAGAGAGUCUGCUCAUCAAGAAGCAGCAGCAGCAGCAGCAACGGAAUAAUGGAAGUGAGGCCGAUGAUGGUGGUGGAGCUUCUCCAGACGGGGAAGAGGUAUCCAGCGCACAGGAUGGUGGUAGUCAGGGCCAGGACGAUUCUCGGCCCCAAGAAUGGAUUUCGCCGUCGCGGUUUUCGCGACCAGAGCCGCACACGGAACUCGAACUGGAGAUCGAGGAUCUCUCAUCCACUGGCGACGGACUGGCUUACGCACCAGAAAGCAGGGGCUGGAUCUACGUCGUUCCCUUCGCCGUGCCGGGGGACAGAGUCCUCGCCAAGACGUUUCCCCAGCGUGAGGAAAGCCCGUUGUGGACACGCGUCGACUUCGUCAAACUGCUGCGCCCGUCGCCGAGUCGCGAGGGCGUGACGCCGGGGUGUGCGUACUUCGGCACCUGCUCGGGCUGCCAGCUCCAAAUGCUGCCCUACGAGGCGCAGCUCUUGCACAAGAAGACGAUCGUGGAGAAUGCCUUCAAGCACUUUUCGAACCUGGACCCUUCGCAGAUCCCGCCCGUCGACAACACCAUCGGAUCGCCCCUGCAGUAUAGCUACCGCACAAAACUAACGCCCCACUACACGGGCUGUUCCAAGGCGAAACCGUUCAGAAAGGGCGACGAUCCACCGCCGUUCGGGUUCAUGAGGAAGAACGUGCCCCGCAUCCUGGACAUCGAACAGUGCCCGAUCGGCACGCCGAUAUUGAACGAGGGUCUGAAGAUCGAGCGGAAGAAGAUGCACGAGUCCUUCUGGAAGAGCAGGAACGGAGCGACUGUCCUGUUGAGGGAGUCGACGAGACGCGAAAUUAUCCCGUCACCUGCGGCGGAAGAACAUUGCGGUGAGAACUCGACGACGAUAGACACCUUGUCAGGCGCCGACAGGGACAAGGGAGUGAACAAAGGCGCCAAAGAAGACAGAGAAAUUGGACAAACCCCCUCCUCCCACUCGAUUCAAGACAUGUCGUCCCUACCACUCGCCUAUGCCGGCGAGCCCGUGUCGACUGAGCUUUCCUUCUCUUCUCCAACCUCCCCAGAAAUCACAUACACCUACCCUCGCUUCCGAGACGUGAAGACCUACACGUCCGACCCCAAGGCCUUGACGACCGAGCAUAUUGGGCCGUACACGUUCACCACGCGGGCGAACAGCUUCUUCCAGAACAACAAUUCCAUCCUGCCCACCUUCCUAUCUUAUAUUCGCGAGAACUUGCUUCCAAAGAUGUCACCCUCGGGAUCAUUGUCUUCGGCCACGGGCGAGCUACUAGAAUCUCCCCCAAAAAUUAAAUAUCUGCUCGACGCAUACUGCGGCUCGGGCCUAUUCAGCAUCGCCCUCGCGCCGUACUUCUCGUCGGUCUUGGGCAUCGACAUUGACGCGCUCUCCAUCUCCUGCGCGCGGGACAACGCGAAAAUGAACCACAAAAGUAACAGCAACCAUCACACACCACCGGGCCAAAAGACCGGCGAGGGCAACACGGGAUUCAUCGCCGCUGAUGCCCAAGCCUUGUUCACCGACGUGCCCUUCCCGCCCUCCCAGACGCUCGUGGUGAUCGAUCCGCCCCGCAAGGGCGCCUCGCCGGACUUUCUCCAGCAGCUCUGCAACUUCGGCCCGAAACGGGUCAUCUAUGUGAGUUGCAACGUCCACACCCAGGCGAGGGACGUGGGCAUGCUGGUGGCGGGAUUCGGCGGCAAGUGGAGGUACAGUAUUGAAAAGCUGGGCGGGUUUGACUUCUUCCCGCAGACGGGCCAUGUGGAAGGCGUGUGUUUCCUCAAUAGAGUGGAGAGUGGUGGUGGAUGA